GCAGGUGCCCAACUGGAGACCAUUGAGCAAGAUUGAUCACUGGCAGGUGCCCAACUGGAGACCAUUUGAUUGAACCGAACCCCAUUCCAUUGUACAGUACGUACAUGCCAAUCUCUACCGAACAUUUUUCAUAGCAAUGGGUUGUUUGACUCGAGUUCGAGUGUUACAUGGCUCCGUCCCUUGACGUUCUUAAUCAAAUCCCUUCUCUCCCUCUCAAACCUUCUUUUACUUCCCGUCGAAACUUCCCACCAACGGCGAAGCUUUCUCCCGUCAAACCAUUCAAGAAUCAUCAAGCCCAAUACUAUGAUUCCAGCAGGAUCGACGAUGCGCACUCCACUCUGGACCUCAAGGCGGAGCUCGACGUUCUUGUUGACCUCCGAACUUACUCUUCCCUCCUCCGCUCCUGCAUUCGCUCACGUGACCUGCACCAUGGCCGCCUCCUCCACCGCCGCCUCGUCCUCUCCGGCCUCCCAUUUGAUUCUACCAUUUUUAACUCCCUCAUCACACUCUACUCCAAGUGCGGUGACUUGGACUCUGCUAUCUCUGUCUUCAAUCAAAUGGGCGACGAGCGAGAUCUCGUCUCCUGGACUGCAAUGAUCUCGGCUGCAGUCGAGAACAAUAUGCAGGGCAGGGCUUUAUCCAUAUUUCUCGAGAUGAUCGAGUUGGGGUUUAUUCCUAAUGAAUUCACUCUUUCAAGUGUGAUUCAUGCUUGCUCGAACCCAUGCUUUGGUAAAGUUGGGAUUUUGCUUCUUGGUUCUGCAAUAAAAACUGGAUUUGGCAAGCGUAAUGCAUCCGUUGCAGGCGCUUUGAUCGAUAUGCUUGCGAAGAAUGGUGACCUGGCUUCUGCUCGCAAGGUGUUUGAUGAAAUUCUUGAGAAGAAUGAGGUAGUUUGGACAUUGAUGAUUACUAGGUAUGCACAGCAUGGGCUUUGCAUGGAUGCUGUGAAGCUUUUUUUAGAAUUUCUUUUUGAUGAUUUUGUCCCGGAUCAAUUCAGCUUAUCUAGUGUUAUUUCUGCGUGUGCUGAAUUGGAAUCUGUUCUCCUAGGUAAACAACUGCAUUCUCUUGCUAUCCGAGUUGGUUUUGUUUGUGAAGUUUGUGUGGGAUGUAGCCUGGUCAACAUGUAUGCAAAGUGUGCACAAGGGACCACCAUGGAUGAUUCUAGAAAGGUUUUUGACCGUAUGCCCAAUCAUAAUGUGAUGUCAUGGACUGCCGUUAUCUCUGGUUAUGUUCAGAGUGGCAGGAAUGAUGAGCAGGCUUUGAGUUUGUUCUUGCAGAUGUUGGAGGGAAAGAUCAAGCCUAACCAUUUCACAUAUUCCAGCAUUCUCAAGGCCUGUGCCAAUCUCUCGAACAUUGAUUUAGGGAAACAGGUUUAUACUCAUGUAAUCAAAACAGGACUUGCCUUUGUCAACAUUGUCGGUAACUCUUUGGUCACUAUGUUCACCAACUCCGGUAGUAUGGAAGAUGCUUGCAAAGCUUUUGAAGUGCUGUAUGAGAAGAAUUUGAUAUCAUACAAUGCCCUUGUUGAUGGGUAUGUGAAGAACUUAAACUCUGAAGAGGUGUUUGAGAUCUUCCAACAAAUGAAAAGCAUGAAUUUGGGAGCAAACACCUUCACAUUUGCAAGCCUUUUGAGUUCUGCUGCAAGUAUCGGAGUGAUGACUAAGGGACAGCAGCUUCAUGCUCAGUUGCUAAAAAUGGGUUUUGAGUCUGAUAUUUGCAUCAACAAUGCUCUUAUUUCAAUGUAUUCAAGAUGUGGAAAUGUUGAGGAUGCUUGCAAUGUAUUCGAUGAGAUGAAGCACCGCAAUGUGAUCUCGUGGACUUCAAUGAUAACUGGGUUUGCUAAGCAUGGGGAUGGGCAUUGUGCUCUUCAACUCUUCCAUGAAAUGAUUUCAACUGGCCUAAGGCCAAAUGAGAUAACCUAUGUAGCAGUUCUAUCUGCUUGCAGCCAUGUUGGUCUUGUAAGAGAAGGGAUAGAAAAUUUUUAUUCCAUGCAGAGAGAUCAUGGACUAGUUCCUAGAAUGGAGCACUAUGCUUGUAUGGUUGAUUUGCUGGGAAGAUCAGGUUUUGUCAAGGAAGCUUUCAGGUUGAUUACUUCAAUGCCCUUCAAGGCUGACGUAAUGGUGUGGAAGACUUUGCUUAGUGCUUGUAGGAUUCAUCAGAAUGUUGAACUUGGGGAAAUGGCAGCCAAGAACGUUAUAGAACUGGAGCCUAGUGAUCCUGCAGCAUAUAUACUGCUUUCCAACUUGUAUGCUGUAGCCAGAAGGUGGCGGGAUGUGGCAAAGUUAAGGAGUGUAAUGAAGGAGAUGAAACUAAGCAAGGAGGCUGGAUUGAGUUGGAUAGAGGUGGAUAAAAAAAUGCAUAAGUUCCAUGUGGCAGAUACCAGUCAUCCACAAGCUAAAGAAAUCUUCGAGAAACUGGAUGAAUUGGUGGAAGAGAUUAAAAAAAUGGGUUAUGUUCCGGAUAUAGAUUGUGUUCUCCAUGAUAUGGUGGAAGAUCUCAAGGAGCGGUACUUGUUGCAGCAUAGUGAGAAGAUAGCAGUGGCAUUUGGCCUUCUUUCCACUGAAUCUCCAAGGCCAAUUCGAGUUUUCAAAAAUCUUCGAGUGUGUGGAGAUUGUCACACUGCAAUUAAGUUCAUCUCAAUGAAAGAAAGUAGAGAAAUAAUUCUAAGGGAUUCAAAUAGGUUUCAUCGGUUUAGAAAUGGAGAAUGUUCUUGCGGGGAUUAUUGGUGAAUCGAAAGUAUUCAUAAAACAGUUUGUUGAUACAAGAAAAUUUGUUUGCAUAUACUAACAUUCAAUCAUUCUUACAGGGCAUUGUAGUGUUCCUUUUGCAAGUCUUGCAGGGUGAAGUUUUCAUAAUGGAAAA